UGAUUGGAAAGAGAGGUUUGUUGCAGAAAAACCCUUGGCAAAUGGCAAUGGCAACAACACACAGGUUCCCCCAAUUCAAAUACGUAGACGCAGUUCGUUGGCUUCCUCUGCAAUCCCCAUUCCACCGAUUCGCGGUUCUCGCUCUCUUCGACUCCGACACCGAUUCUUCCUCCAUCCAAAUCCACUCCUUCAACCCAAACCCACUCUCCUUCGACUCCCAAUUCUCAUGGCCCUCACCAUCUCGCAUUUCCUCCCUCAGAACCUCCCACUUCUUACAGAAGCCUCUCAUCGUCGCCUCCACCUCCUCCGGCUCCCUCCACUUCCUCUUCGCCGACCCCUCCCACGCCGAACUCCUCUCCGAGGCCUCGCUCCCCGACGCCGCGCUCCACUCGCUCCCCGCCUCCUCCGUCGACCUCAUGGACGCCGCCGUCGAGUGCGUCACCGUCGGGGAAGACGGCAGGGUCAACUUGGUCAAUGUUGGGGAAUCCAAUUUGAGCUAUCGGAGGAUCUUUGAUAGCGGCGGCCUGGUGUCGUACACGGCGGUGAGAUGGGCUUCGCCGAUGGAGUUCGCCACCGGGGGGUACGGCUUCAGUCUUCAGUGGUGGGACCAGCGGAAACCGGGAGGACCGGUUUCACAGUUUAAGGGGGACUGGGAUAAAAAGUUGACUUCUGGGAUAGUGCACUCUAUUGACAUUCAUCCGUCUCGAAAGCACACUUGUCUUGCCGGUGGCUCCUUAGGCACUGUUUUUGCUUGGGAUCUUAGGUGGCAGCAACAACCGAUUAUACUUUCAGGUGCUGGGGCUGGCAAUGCUGCAGUUCAGUCAAUAUCUGAAAGUGAGGUUUGGGAGGUCCAGUAUGAUUGUUGCAUAAAAUCAAACACUUCAUCUACCCGGAUCUUACCUUCCAUGAUAUGCUCAGAGGAUGGAAUUCUUGGUGUGAUCGAGCAAGGUGAGGAACCUGUUGAGCUGCUGGCUGAACCUUGUGCCAUCAAUAGUUUUGAUAUUGAUCGACAUAAUCCAUCGGAUGUGAUAUGUAGUUUAGAAUGGGAAGCAGUAGCCAUAUUGACAAGACAAUAACAUUCAAAGUUCUACUUUUUGGUGGCUUGAAUUUCGAAAGGAUACAGUUUGUAACUGAUAGAAAGAAUGGAGCUUUUAACGGACUAUUUGUGUUUAUGUAAAGCCAUUUGCAUGCAAAUGGAUUUUGGGAUUGUAUAUGUAGAAUGCGUAAAAGUGACUUAAAGAGGCACAUUGGAUCAAUACUACUAUCACUCGGUUUACCUAAAAUGCAUUCCCUCGCAGCUAAUGAUGGUGGGAUCUGUAUCUCGGAAGUGGAUCUCAUUGUAUCCAUCAACAUUUGAUUGCUAUGUUAUUUGAACAUGACGUCAAACAAGAGUUGGUAUUGCAAUACCAUAGUCAACAUGUUGUAUCGAAGAAAAGGCCUUUAAAUUGUGCAAAAACAUAAUUUAUUUGAUCCAAAUCAACCUUGAUAUUCAUUUAUUGACAUGCCCAACCAAAUCAAUUACCAUUGCCAAUA